AUCUGUAGAUGAACACAGAAAAAUAGAGUACAAAGCUGCUAUCAAAAUCCAGAGCUGGUUUCGAGGAUGCAGAGUCCGAGCCUAUCUGAGAAAUCUGAACAAAAUGGCGACUUUAAUACAGAAGUGGUGGAGAGGUUAUCGAGGCAGAAGAUACUUCAGAAAAAUGGUGGAGACAGCAUAUUUUAUUAUGAAGAUGAAUUUCUACAAUGAAAUGGCUGUCAGGAUUCAGAAAAGGUGGCGAGGCUAUUAUGUUCGGAAAUAUAACCAUAAUUAUUAUGCACUGAAGAAAUACCUGGAAGCCAUUGUUGUGAAUAACGCGAUUGUCAGGAAUGAACUCCAAGAGUAUGCAGAAAUGAAAGAAAAUGAAGAGAAAGAGAAAGACCUAGAAAAGAAAGAAAAGGAAAAGAAAUACCAAGCCCGAAAGAUGCAUUACCUCCUUAGCACUGAGCAGAUUGCAGGCAUAUACAACUCGCCGUUCAGAAAAUCCCCAGAUCCGAUGGAACUGCUGCUACGGAAGUCAAAGCCAUUGAGCCACAGACGGCAGCAAAUGAGCUCUCUCACCGAUGAACUCUAUGACUGGCCAACUUGUAGAAGGCCUCCGACUUUCUCCACAGAACAGCCUCUGCCACCUAUUGGCAGACAGAAACCUCAGGGGCCUUUCCGCGAUACUGCUGAAGUAUUGCAGCAACGCUACAAGCCUUUGGAACCAACCUUGCGAGUGGCAGCAUCAAUCAAUUCACCACAAGAGAAGGCCAGAGAGGAAAUGAAAAGGGAGGAAUGGAGAAACCGUAUACAUGACAAUGAAUUCCUGCCAUUUUCUUCAUAUCACAAAAAUGAGAAGUAUAGCCCAUCAAUUCAUAGGUCAGGCAAAUAUGGGCAACAAACUUACGGAAUUAAACACUUCCGAGAAGUACAGCCUAAGAAGUGGAUAACAGACAAAGACUUUCAAACAGUGUUGCCAUCGAUUGUUCUCUUUGAAAAGUUUGGAAAAACUUAUUCCCCAACUGGACAAAUAGUGUAA